CUACCUCGCCGCAGAUAUAAAAUCAGAGGCAAGCCGGCUCGCUCAUCCCCAAGGCCAAGUCCAUCGAUCAAGCUCCAAAAGCAUCCCGCGGAAUCUAUCAGUUUUUCUUCAUCUUCGUUCCCCAACGCGACAAGAUCCUGAACCUGAAGCAGCAGUCAGACAGCAAGCAAGGAUCAAAUUAAAAGAAAUGGAAGCGGCGGCGGGGAGCGUUCAGCGGCAGGGCCGCGGCGCCCGGUUCGCGGCGGCGGGCGGCGUGCUGAGCCAGUACGUCAAGGCGGCGGCGGAGGCGCGGCCUGCGGCGGUGGCGGUGCUCCCUCUGAUGCCGGGCGCGGACGUGCCCGGCGCGCACGAGGAGGCGGAGGCGGAGACCGGGCCGGCGCCGGCGCCGCAGCAGCUGACCAUCUCGUACGGCGGGCGCGUGGUGGUGCUCGAGGACGUCCCCGCCGAUAGGGCGGCCGAGCUGCUCCGCGUCGCGGCGGCCGCGCAGGGCGCGGCGCCGCGCGCGCUGGCGGCGGGCGACCUGCCGGUGGCGAGGAAGGCGUCGCUGCAGCUGUUCAUGGAGAAGCGCAGGGGCCGCACCGCCGCGCGCGGGUCGCCAUACAGCCGCCCGGACGCCGACGGCGCGUCGCCGCACCUGGACCACCUCGCGCUCGCGCUCUGAUUCGCGUGCUCUUGCUGCUGCUUGUCAGAUGUUACUAGUAGUACUGUACGUGUUUGUAGCAUAGUAGGAAGAUGGGUUGAAUUGAACAGAGAAUACGAAAUGAGCUCCAAAUUGUUCCUUGCAGUCUGAAUGGAGAUUGAAAUUUCUAAUUUCUUGCUCGUUUUCAUAAAAUAUUACCCAGGAAAAGAAAAAAAAACUUGGAAUUUCCUGUGAAAG